ACGGGUAGCCUACUUCCUCUUCCCUCUUCUAGCCGCCUUCUCUUUUCUAUUUCAAUAAUUCUCUAUAAUUCCUUCCUUCUACGACUCUUCAAAGUUUCGUAGCAGUUCAUACUUUGAAAUAGAUUUUCAGGCCAGUCAUGGGCAUCCACGAGGGUUAAAUCGUUUGAUUGUGCCCACACACAGCUACCAAAGCAGAAAGGACAGGAAUUUCCCCCCGCCUUUCGCCCAGGUCGCUAUUUUAUACAACUGACCAACUUCUUCUGCGUUUUCAUUUCAUCUUGCCGUCUAAUAUUCCGAAGCGGCUCUUCUCUACUAUUAUUAUAUCUUACGCGCCGCUGCGUGCUCGCCAAGGGCUGCUUAUCCGUCGCCUCCUACUAGCGUCGAGCAAUCAGCAUGGCUUCCAAUGUUGACGUGAAUAUGGAUUCUCAGGAAGCCAAGGCAAGCCCCGCGGAUCGUCGCGAAGGAAAUAUUCCCGAUAACGGCGAUACAAAGACUCAAUUAACUGAGAACGUUCCGUCAACUUCGUCCCCCGACGCAAGUAACAAGGCUAAGGGCUCAAAAGGCGAUAAGAAGGCCAAUGCUAAGCCUGGCAAGAAGGAAAAGAAAGCAAAGUCUAGUAAGUCUAAGAAGGCAUCUCCUGCGAUUAGCGAGAGCUCUUCUGGUGGUAGUGAGGACGAGUUUACCAACUCAUCCUCAGACGAUCACUCCGAGUCAGCAUCCGAGGCCGAGGUCAAUUUAAAGAAGAAAAGGCCCCAAAAGAAACGCCAAGAUCUCCGAAAGGCCAAGAAGAAGGUGUCAAAAUCGUCCAAGUCAACUUCAAAGCAGACUAAAUCACCGACAAAGGCUUCCGAUUAUGAUUCUAGCGAUUCUGAGGUUGGAAGUGAAGAUGAAUCAGAUCCUGAUGAAGAAGAAAAGGCUAGUAAAGCAUCUGCGGGGCAAGAAAUUGCUCAGCUGAGAUUGCAGGUAACCCAGCUACAACGCCAGCUUGCGACACUUAGCUUAGCUAGCGGAACCCCUGGAAUGAAUCCUGCUGCCUCCCUCAAUCAAGGACUGGGAAUGCCCGGGGGACUCGGGCUUGGAGGUAUAAAUCAUCCGGGGUUGAGUUACCCUGGUUCUUACGGCAAUUUUGGCGGUGGCUUAAAUGCUCUAUUUAACGACCCCCUGGGAAAUGCUUCCAAAGCUGCUCGUGGCGGUCGCGCAAAUGCCCUGCCACCUACGGGCCAUGGAAGGCGACUCCCUACUGACGAAUUCGGACUUGAUGACGCGACAGGACGCGGAUAUAGAUCGUCUAAAUCUAAGAGUGGACGUAGCGGAAAGUCUCUCUCUCGUCGUCUUGAAUUUAAACGUGUAGAUCAGGUCUGGGAUACGCAGAUCCAUAACUACAAGCUUCAAGAUACUGCUGAGAAUACUAAUAACUCCCAAUACGAAGAGUAUCUAUUCCAUGUGCGCAGAACUUUUGACUGGGAGGGAAAGUACAAGACUACUCUCGUCGACAUCAAGAGUAAGCAACUCCGCGAAGCCCUUCAAGAUGUGAUUGGAAGCGUCAAAGGCGUAAGUUUGGUAGAGGAGACACCCAAAUUAGAUCCCAAAAUGCUAUUCUUGUACUUGGAGGAUAUGCGAGAAUACAUGGUUAACCUCAAGGAACUUGAACCGGAGGGAGACACGCGUAAGGAGCGUAAGAAGGUCCAGAAGUGGAUUGAUGAGAAACGAAGGCAUCUUCGCGUUCUUAUCAAGUAUCUCGAUACGGAUCACGCCGAGACCAAGAAGAGUCUAUAUCCCAUGCUAGAGAACGGCCUCAUUACCUUUGAUUUACUGUGGGCGCUUUGGAAGCCGAAUACCCUCGCAUAUACUACUACAUACGGAUCCGUUGACGAGCCCCGUAUCUUCAAAGUCGAGGUUGCAGAGAAACACUACAGCAUCGUUAGAGGCGAGUUUUACUACGUCGAGGGUAAAUACUUCGAAUACGACGGGAAACAAUUCGGAUUCGGUAGCAUGUCAGAGGAGAUACCGGAAUUUCGCGGUGCUCGCAAGAUUACUAGCUUAGGGUGCUAUCCACUGAAGUACCAUAAGAACGAAGCUCAGUUGCGCAAGGACCUUAUCGAUCGUGGUAAAAAGUUCGUCAGCCUCGGCGGUGUACACUAUAAGAGUCACCAAGGCAUGGCUUAUCAUAAAAAGAAGAAGGCUAUCAUCAAAGUCAAUAUCAACGGACGGAUCAUGGUUGACCCCGCGAUCCACCGUCGUAUAAAUCCCAACUAUCCUGUCUCUCUCGUCCGCCCGAAAGACCACGACGUUCUUAGCGACGACGAAGAUAGUGACGAGGAAGGCGAAGGCUGUUGCUGUGAGUCGGAAGACGAUGCCGGGGACGCCGGCCUCGAACAGGUCGAAGGAGACGGAGAGGGUGGAGGUAAGGUUAAGUAUGUGACAAAGGUUUACAAAGAUAAUAAGGGCAAUGUCUCCACUAUGCGCAUCCCCAAGGAUUUUAUCAACACGGAGACUCCAAAGGAAAAGCUCGAUCAAGUUUCAGGCAAGGGAGAGGAAGACAAGGACGAGUCCACUAAAGAUGGCGAAACUAUCGCCGCGGAAGACGAGAAGGACGACGUCCCGCCGGUAUUCUCAGAUGAAGAAUACCUAAUCGCCUCACCGGUCGUACUAGGAUUCGCUUUCGCCGAGAAGCUCUGGUUAGAGUUUACCGUCUCCGGUAUUAAGGAGAUUUCGUGGAAUGAGAAUGCCUACGACUCCUUGGUUUUACAACCUAAUACGAAAGAGAUUGUCAAGGCUUUGGUAGAAUCUCACAAGUAUCACCCUGCUGAGAGCAUCGAUGAUGUCAUUCAAGGCAAAGGCAAGGGGCUUGUUGCCGUACUUCAUGGACCUCCUGGUACUGGAAAGACAUUGACCGCGGAAGGAAUCAGCGAACUUCUCAAAUGUCCGCUUUAUAUGGUCUCGGCCGGUGACCUAGGUACUGACUCGCGUUACCUCGAGGCCGAGUUACAGAAGAUACUAGAUAUCUGUCACGCUUGGGGGGCUAUCCUGCUUCUCGAUGAAGCAGAUGUCUUCCUUGAGAAACGUAACAUGCAGGAUAUUCACCGAAAUGCUCUAGUCAGCAUAUUCUUGCGACAGCUAGAGUAUUUCCAAGGAAUAUUAUUUUUAACCACAAAUCGCGUACAGACAUUCGACGACGCAUUCCAAUCAAGAAUCCAUAUUGCGUUGCGGUAUGAUGACUUGGAUAUGAAAGCCAAGAAGGCCAUUUUCAAGAUAUUCAUUGAACGUGCGCGAGCAGUAGCUGGAGUCGACUUAAUGCCAUUUGAUGAUGAUGACUUGGUCAGCCUAGCGCGACACAAUCUCAACGGUCGUCAAAUCAAGAACACUGUCGGCACCGCGCAAGCUCUUGCUGUCAAUAAGGGCGAACCUCUAAGCAUGCGUCACAUCCGUGAGGUCCUAAACGUACAACAAAAUUUCGAGCAGGACCUGAAAGGCGGAAGUGGAUAUCAAGAUGCCAUGCGCAGCUACUUCUAAACGGUAGUUUCGCGUGUCUCACCAACGCC